AAAGAAGCCAAAUUUUGUCAUGCCAUUGCCGAACCUCACGCCGUCAUCGUCGAAGCCGGACAAUAAUCACAUGAAUAAUGGCGCCUUAUAGUCCAAAACAUUUGUUUUAAUUUUAAAUUUUGUCCUAAAGAUGGAGAAUCUCUAAUAAUUUAACGGGGCACUGUUACCGUUUACCAAACGAAACGGGUCACACGUUUACGGCUUGCCGUCCUCUAACGGCCGCAAAGCGGAAAAUCCAUGCCGUCCACACGUUCCACACGUGUCGAAGCACAAGCCGUCCGAUCUCCCACAUACAGCUCUCGUUCUCACGCGGAGGUAUCCGUGUUAAACUUAAGCCAAACACGAGGCCUCACACGAGUGGAACCCUAGACAACAAGGCCCUUCGCACGCAGCAUCGCCGGACGCCGCCGGUAAGCCGCCGCCAUCGUACCAGAAAUCGCUGAAGAGCCCUCCCACAGUACAAUUCUCCGGACGAUCUCUGCAGGAAGACGCCGCAAGGUCAUAUAGCAACGCCGGCGGCUUUGGUUCCGGCGACGAAGUAGUAAGCAUCGGAGGAGUGCUAAGGAAGGGGAUCUCGCCGCUGAUAUCCUUCUAAUCCGCUCAUCUAUCGUUCGCUGUUUUGAUCAGGUUCUUCACUCGUCUUCAACAUCCUUUUACCUAAGCGGAAAGAAUGAGCUGAACUUCUGGGGCUUUGGCCAUCGGAGUUAUGUUUGGAUCUGGGUGAAUAUUGUGCGAAGUGGCACUGGAGAUGGAAAGGCUUGGGGGGACGAGCGAGGAAGAUGACAUGGAGAUGGAUUUGGAGGUAAAGGAGGAGGACGACGAUGACGAGAGGAGCCGAACGUUAGUAGCGGCGGAGGAGAUGGGAGGUGGGUUCUUCGAAGAGGAGGCCGCUUCCAGUGAGCAGAUCCAUAUACAUGGGAUGGGGGGUAGAAGGAGCCGGCCUAAAGAGGAAAAGGAGCGGACGAAGCUGCGGGAGCGGCAUCGGCGAGCAAUCACGGCGAGGAUUCUGGCUGGUCUGCGGCGACACGGCAACUAUAACCUCCGUGUUCGCGCUGACAUCAAUGAUGUCAUCGCCGCCCUUGCCCGGGAAGCCGGCUGGGUCGUCCUUCCCGACGGCACUACUUUCCCUUCUCGGUCUUCUCCCAGUUCCUCCCAGGUGGGAAAACCCGCCGAAGCUUCUCCACUUACAGUGGCAGUGGCGGCCCAGACAACACCGCACUUGAAGGGAUUGUCUCCUGCCGGCGGUCAGAUUAGUUCCGGGGACAACCGGCAGUGCCGACUGAAGGGUGUCUACACGCUUCCUUCUGCCUACGACGGCCAAUAUCGUCAAGGGGUGAUUGUUGGAGGAGAACGAUGCAAUGAGAAUUUUCCUCUUGUCGUUAGUUGCAAGGAAAUCGCUAAUGAGAAACAGGUGAUUGAUCUUCCUCAAAGAUUACCAGAGCGUGAUUUUGCAGGGACCCCUUAUGUCCCAGUCCAUGUCAUGUUGCCUCUUGGUGUGAUUAAUACAAAAUGUGAGCUGGUUGAUCUGGAAGGCCUAAUGAAACAGGUCAGAAUUUUAAAAUCUAUAAAUAUUGAUGGCGUUACUGUUGAUUGCUGGUGGGGAAUCGUUGAGGCACACGCCCCACAGGAGUAUAAUUGGCAUGGCUAUAGGCGACUUUUUCAAAUUAUCCGAGAGUUAAAACUUAAACUUCAGGUGGUCAUGUCAUUUCAUGAAUGUGGGGGCAACAUUGGUGAUGACGUAUGCAUUCCUCUGCCACACUGGGUAGCAGAAAUUGGUAGAGGCAAUCCUGAUAUCUUUUUCACGGAUAGAGAGGGACGGCGGAACUCUGAAUGCCUUUCAAUAGGAAUUGACAAGGAAAGGGUCUUAAGAGGCCGAACUGCACUUGAGGUAUACUUUGACUACAUGAGAAGCUUUCGAGUUGAAUUUGAUGAAUUCUUUGAAGAUGGAAUCAUCUCCGCUGUAGAAGUUGGAUUAGGGCCCUGUGGAGAGCUACGUUACCCAUCUUAUUCAGUCAAGAAUGGCUGGAGAUAUCCUGGCAUUGGCGAAUUCCAGUGCUAUGAUCAAUAUCUCAUAAAAAGUUUGAGAAAAGCCGCAGAAGCUAGAGGUCACUCCUUCUGGGCAAGAGGUCCAGAAAAUGCUGGGUCUUACAAUUCAAGGCCCCAAGAAACUGCAUUCUUUUGUGAUGGUGGUGAUUAUGAUGGCUAUUAUGGUCGAUUUUUCCUUGGUUGGUAUUCGCAAUUGCUUGUAGAUCAUGCUGACCGUGUAUUGUCUCUGGCUAAACUGGCUUUUGAAGGCACUUGUAUUGUUGCAAAGAUAUCUGGCGUUUACUGGUGGUACAAGACAGCUAGCCAUGCUGCAGAAUUGACUGCUGGUUUUUAUAACCCCUGCAACCGUGACGGUUAUGCAUCAAUUGCGUCAAUGUUAAAGCGACAUUUCGUUACUUUGAACUUAUGCUCUGAACUGCGUACCUCGAAUCAGCAAGCGGGGUUCUCAGAAGCAUUGGCAGAUCCGGAAGGCUUGAUCUGGCAGGUAUUGAAUGCUGCUUGGGAUGUUUCUAUACCUGUAGCAAGUGUGAAUUCUUUCCCUUGCUAUGAUAGGGAUAGUUAUAACAAAAUUUUAGAAAAUGCCAAGCCACUGGACGAUCCAGAUGGAAGACACCUGUCAUCAUUCACUUACCUCAGGCUCAGUCCCGUCCUAAUGGAGGGAUGCAACUUCUCAGAAUUUGAACGAUUUGUAAAGAGAAUGCACGGCGAAGCUGUUCUUGAUCUGUAGUAGAAGCGGAUUGGGUAAUAAAUCACCGUUAAUAUAUUCUUUUCUCCGUUGGCCUAAUUGUUGCUGUAGGUGUAGGAGAACCAAUAUCAACUGUAGACCUCAGGAUUAGGAUAGCUAACCCCUUCUAUUUUUAUCCUCUCCUCCUUAACCAAAAGCAGGAACUCUAAUUUUUUUUCCAGAACUAACUUAAUUUUGGUAUUACAACGGAGUGCAGAUGCCUUCCCUUUAGAAUAGUGCUUUGCUCUGCUAUUUUUGUUCUGUAGAGCAAUUUCAACCUCCAUUAACGAAGAAAUUUGCAAGCUUCUUCUGCUUUUGAUUGCAUAAUUGAAGGUAUGGAAGUUCAAGUUAAGCAUCCAUCCGUCAGCAAGGGUUGAUAUACAGAAUGUUCGUGUUAAAUUAUUGUAACGAUAAGUCUCUCCUGCUGUGCUUAUGUUCAUUGGCACCUCUUUCUCCUCAAAAGAAAUAUUGCUUCUUCUGUGUUUAACUACAGUCAUCACAUGUUCUGUUCUCUGUGGUUGUAAGUAUUUCUAACAUGAAUUGUCAUUGUUUGUCUGCUACAAUUUGUUCUAUCUGUUUAUAAUGCUUUGGAGAUUUAGCUUUCAACCUCAA